AUGGCACCUAUGAAGGUCCUCGUCUGCGGCGGCGGUUGCGCAGGGCCUGCACUUGCUUACUGGUUAACGCGCAGUGGUCAUCAAGUCACCAUCAUCGAACGUUUCCCAGCCCUUAGGGCCACAGGUGCCCAAAUUGAUAUUCGUGGCCAAGGGAUUGUGACAGCCAAACGCAUGGGGCUACUGGAUACGAUCCGCAGUAAGCUUGUUGAUGAAGAGGGAGUAGCCUUAGUCGACUCGGAAGGCAACAUCAGAGCAACCGUUUUGGCCAACAAGUCUGGGAAAGGUGCUCAGUCUCUCACAUCUGAGUUCGAAAUUAUGCGUGGUGAUCUUGUGCGUAUUCUUUACGACGCGACAAAGGAUAAUGUGAAGUAUAUAUUCGAUACUUCGGUCGAUCAUUUCGAGCAAGACGAGCAGAAGGUGACUGUCUACUUCUCCAAUGGCCCUUCCCAAACAUUUGAUCUCCUCGUCGGAGCAGACGGCCAGGGCUCGCGCAUUCGUCAAGCCAUCAUGCCUCCUAAUGCUCCAGAUCCUUAUCGACGACUGGGGAUCCAUAUCGCCUACUGGUUCAUCCCGCGCAUUGAAAGCGACAACAAUAUCCGCAGAACAUACCAGAGCCCGGGCGGUCGAAUGAUCAUGCGUCGAAGCCACAACCCAGCAGAAACGCAGGUAUACUUCUUCCUCAGAGACGAUGCUCUUGAAUUCUCGAGUAUUCACAAAGCCUCGGUGGAACAACAAAAGGAUUUCUGGACUCAAAGGUUCCGUGGCGCCGGCUGGGAAACUGAUCGGUUUUUGGAAGGCAUGAAGACGACAAACAACUGGUACUGCCAAGAGGCUGUCCAAGUGCAAACGGAGACAUGGCAUAAAGGCCGAGUCGUUCUUCUGGGAGACGCUGCCCACUGCCCGUCGCCAUUCAGCGGUAUGGGUACCACUGCUAGCCUUGUUGGUGCUUACGUCUUGGCUGGCGAGAUCGAUCGAAAUUUGGAGAAUCUCCCUCAGGCCUUUAAAAACUAUGACAAGACCCUCCGGCCAUUCAUACAUGAGGUACAGAAUGUGAAACCUGCGUUGUUGAAACUGGGAAUGCCGGAGACAUGGUGGGGAAUCGCCAUUCUACGAUUCAUCUUUGAGAUACUAUGCUUCCUCCGUAUUCCCGAGUUGAUGUCAAUGUUUGCAAAGGAGAGGGACGGUGAUUGGAAGCUACCAGAUUACUCUGAAUUAGAGGCAUUCAAGGAGUAG